AUGUCUUCCUUCUUUACCGUCCCCGCUUCUCAACGCAAGCGCAAGAGAGAAGAUCGCGCCGCCGCUCCAGCAACCAAGAAGAGAGGCGUUGAUGCCAAAAAUGACGCUGCAGGAAGUCGCCGAGCCCGUGAUCGCGAAGAAUCUAUCUCUGGAAGUGACCUGGAUGAUGAUGAAGACGGGAUGGAGUCCCUGGUCUCCGGUUCAGAGUCGGAAUCAGACUCUGAUAAAGGCGAAACGGCCGCAGACCGGAGAUUGAAACUCGCUGAGCGCUAUUUGGACAACAUCCGAGAAGACGUCGAGGAUACAGUGGGCUUCGAUGCCGCCGAAAUUGAUCGAGACUUGAUUGCGGAGAGAUUGAAAGAGGAUGUGGACGAAUUCAAAGGACGCACUUUCCGCCAGAUUGCCUCCCAUCUAUCUUUCUCUGAACCCUCUCACUCAUUUUUCCGCUCCGAUACCCAGUCGACUACUUCCAUCGCCGUUCAUCCGCCUUACGUUUACACCGUGUCGAAGGAUAAGACUUUGAUCAAGUGGGAGUUGGCCACACCAACCGUACCGGCGACUACUGAAACGAAUGGAUCGUCGACACGGCCUCCUCGUCCGCAACGCAAGAAGCCCAGGCGGGUUAAAUAUGCCCGGGGUGUGCGCAAGAUCGCUGAAACAGGCGAAGAGUCCGGUCAUACUGGAAGUAUCCUGUCGGUCGCUGUUUCACCCUCGGGCAAAUUCGUUGCUACUGGUGGUGCCGAUAACCGUCUGGUCAUUUGGGAUGCCGAUACCUUGACCCCUAUGAAGACAUUUUCACAGCAUCGUGACUCUGUGAGCAGUCUGGCAUUCGCUCGCCACAUCUCAACUAUGAGCUCCGGAGAGCAACUUUUCUCGGGAUCAUACGAUCGUACCUUGAAGACUUGGUCGAUCAGCGGUGCUGGCCACGCCUAUGUCGAAACUCUCUUCGGCCAUCAGGAUCAUGUUACCUCAGUCGCAGCCAUGACCAUUGAUCAGUGUGUUUCAGUCGGAGCUCGGGACCGUACAGCCAGGUUGUGGAAAGUUGUGGAGGAGUCGCAGCUCGUAUUCCGUGGUGGUGCAUCCAAGAAAGCACCUUACAUUGAGAGCAACAUUGACUGCAUUGCUCCGCUUCCUCCCAAUCAUUUCGUCACAGGUUCCGACUCGGGAUCCAUCUCGCUAUGGUCCAUGCACAAAAAGAAGCCUCUUUACACGAUUCCUUUGGCCCACGGUCUGGAUCCUAUGCCUCCCCUGGACGAACUCUCCCCCGAAGUCGACCCGGAGACUGCUGCUCGCAAUACCCGUCACAUGAGGCGUAUGCCUCGCUGGAUCACCGCCCUCACAACUCUUCCUGGAACUGAUGUUGUCCUUAGCGGCAGCUGGGAUGGCUGGGUUCGUGCGUGGCGGAUCUCUGACGAUAAGAAGACCAUUAUUCCAUUGGGCCCAGUUGGCGCAGGCUCCCUAGGUCAGGUUGCUCCCGACACACCGUCGAAACAGCUCAAAAAUGCUCUUGCGCUCGACACGACCCCCGAUCCUGAGAGUAUGGAAGUUGAGAAGCUUGAGGACGAGGCACAAGAACCUCAGCCCUUGAUUAAGGGUGUGAUCAACGACAUCGCCGUGUUUGAGCGUCGUCCCGAACAAGCUUCGUCUUCCACAAAAUCGUCAUCCAAAUCUCAGAAAGAUUCAGCGACCGAGGCUCGAGGUCUAUGCAUUGUGGCUGCAGUUGGCAAGGAGCACCGCUUGGCCCGAUGGAAGUGUUACGCCAACAACUACGAUCAGGGCAACGCUCCUGACGGUCGGAAUGGCGCUGUUGUUUUUGAAGUUCCGUUCACUUCCACUGAUUCUAUUGUGGAAACCGAUGUAUAG